GCGACUUUUUUCUGCGGAAGCAUCUAGAUCUGGAAAACUGCUCACUGAGCUCGAUGGUUCGGGUAACUUUUAAAAACGGGUGUGGGCCACGAGAAUACUUUUCGACCGACGAAGGGAGCCGCCUUGAGGCAUUCGCGCAAAACAUAACAGGAGGAGACGCUGAAUCUGCACUGUGGCCACCAGAGGAGCGUCGUAAGCAUGGAAGGCACAGCGAAGAAGCGAGCACGAGCAGACAAGUGCUGGGCUUUCUCCAAGAUCCCAGUCAAUUUGGUCUUGCUCGAUUCUGGAGCUCCAUCAACGUGCUCAAUCGCAAUUAUAGUCUGCCAGUUCGAAGGCGACAAAAAAGCUAAGGCUCAGCCUAUCCGAAAUCCGUAUAAUACUGACCUAGUUAGGUGGGCAUCAUGUUCAUUCUUGCAGAUCGUGCUAAGUGAAUGAAAAAACAAGAGAGACGCAUACUCAUACUAUCGUAUCCCCUUAACCCGCGACUCAGGAGGCACAGCUACAGAUCGGGGGAUAGCAGUAAGCUGAUUUAGAUUCUACUCCUCGAUCUUCCUUAGGGUGAAGCUUAAUAGUCCUCUCUGACAGCGAACUGUGGCCGCGAAUACCAUAAAAUCACUUUUUUUCCAAAAAAUAUAUCUACUCUAUCUCCAUGUUUAUUUAUCUCGAAUGGAAAAUGAGGCCCUACAGACUCCAGUCAAUUUCCUGCAAUUCUCAAUUGGAAGCAACUUUCAUUGUAUUCUUUGAUUAGCUAGAACCACACUACUUACAACGUUAAUGACUCUUAUCGAGUUUCACUGUAUCACUUUUGAGGAUUUUUUGGAUUUGAGGAUGAGCUAUUUGCUAUGGCUGUGACUUCUACUUCUGCAACAUCUACCGCGUCUGCGCAUGGUAUUAGAUAAGUAAGAACGUCGUGUAUUAUAUUUUCUUCUCCAGCGAACUGUAUAAUCACUAUCGCUCAUCGUCAUCUGUGGUAGUAAAUAUUAAGUAAACAAAAAAAGGCGCGAGUAAAUGUCCGCUAUGAGUGUGGUAAGAGCAAAGACUUUGCUCUUUCAGCGUUGCAAUUGCGCGGCGGCAUAGCCCCGGACUCUUCCUCUCGCUCUCUGUUACGGAGUAGAGGAAAUCAGAUUCGAGGAAGUGGAAGGGUCUUCAUGAUCGAUUCAUCUUUUUAGUGACAGACUCUUCGCAAUGAAUAUGGUAAAAAGAUAAACGAAUGAUGUUAAUGUUGAUCGCGGUGCCAGCCAGACUUCUUUUUUAUUUAUUUUCACCAAGAACGUGGAUCGCAAGGACAAGAAAAGAAAGAAAGGCAGAGCCUAGUACUGUGGCAGAAUUAUAAUCCACUAUCAAUGCCUGACUCAAGUACUACAU